AUGGCCAGCGGCGUCAGCGGCGGCCGGCCCUCGUCCCCGACGCCUCCCGGCGGUGCGCGGACGGCAAUUCGGCGACGCGCCGCUGCCGACCAGAAGGAGAAGAUCGCCAAUGCCCGGCCGACCAGCACGAGGGCCGCCGGCGCCGGCGGCUCCAGCAGUACCAUGCUGAGGCUCUACACGGAUGAAUCGCCAGGUCUCAAGGUUGACCCCGUCAUUGUUCUGGUUCUGUCGCUCGUCUUCAUCUUCAGCGUUGUCGCUUUGCAUAUCAUCGCCAAGAUGACGCGACGGUUCUCGAGCUAA